AUUUUAGGUCAUACGAGCAGCAAGCACCAUGGACGGCGCAUCGCAACGAAAACGAGCUGCAUUUUGGCGCACAUUAUAUGAGGAAAAACGUGCGACGUGGCAACAGCAAGGGGUGACAAAAUUUCUUUUGGACAACAAAGACAGGAUUAUUGGGGGUAAAACAGAUGCUCGCGUGUUCAUACCGCUCUGUGGAAAAGCACACGAACUGAAGUGGUUUUACGACCUGGGACACCGCGUGGUUGGCGUGGAGUUCGUGGAGGAGGCGGUGCGAAGUUACUUCAUCGAGAAAGAUCUGCCAAUGGAAGAGGCUACCUGUCCCAUCACUCAAUGCAAAGUAAUCGGGACAACAGACCACCGACUACAAGUCUUUGUCUGCGACAUCUUUGACUUCAAAAGGGAAUGCGCUGGUGUUUUCGACAUUGUUUGGGAUCGAUCUGGAUUUACAGUCAUAGGAGUGGAAGACCGCGCCAGAUAUGCCGCAGUAAUCAAGAAUUUGCUGGCUGCAGACUUCUCGUACGGCAUGUGGACAAUCGUUUAUAGUAUGCAUAAUAGGGAUCCUAACGCAAGAGAUGUUGCAGCCGACAUUGCACUGGUGGAUGGCGAAGUCUACCAGAAGGCAUGUGCACAGCACUGUUCUGUGGUCGGUGUGGUGUUCAUGGGCACGAAAGUGAAGGUUGAGUCCGCCCCUGCCGACGUUGUGGAAAUGGUCACCCUACUACCGUCUGCCCAGUGCGGCGUUCGUAUUCGGAUGCUGCUGCGGGAACUUUUCAUCCUCUACUGA